AUGGAAAGAAUACAAUACGCAAGCGACUUGCAUUUGGAAUUUGAUGCAAACUCAAAUUUUAUUAACCAACAUCCCCUUGUAAAAACAGCUGAAAUUUUGGUUCUUGCGGGAGAUAUCACUGUUUUCGACUUAUACAAUAAAACAGAUUUUUUUAAGUGGUGUAGCAAAACGUACAGACAAACGUACAUUGUGCCUGGAAAUCACGAAUAUUAUAAAGGACGUUAUGUUGACGAGACAUAUACGCUUACAGAAGAUUUAUAUCCAAAUGUUACCAUCGUAAAUAACACAUCCGUUGUUAUCAAUAACACACAAAUCUUCUUCACCACAUUGUGGAGUGACUUGGAUAUCGAAAAUGAAUUGUCCAUUCGAAUGAAAUUAAAUGACUUCAAGAAAAUAAAAUGGUUCAAAAACGGGAACAAAACACGAAGUGACAAAAAUGAAAAUGAUGAAAAUCAGGACAACGAGAAAGUUGAGUAUCGGACAGCUUUUUCAGUGUGUAAAAAGUGGCUUGAAAAUGAACUUGGAAAAUCGACUUCACAAUUCAAAGUUGUAGUAACACACCACUGUCCUAUCAUGGACCUUACUUUAUUUCAGAAAACAUACUUGACAACUUGCUUUAAUGUUGAUAUGAAAUUUUUAAUGGAGAAGUAUCAAAUACACUACUGGAUAUAUGGCCACACACACUCAAAUUUUAAAGAUUUCGAAUACCAUGGGUGUAUAGUUACUUCAAAUCAAUUGGGAUAUAUAAGUUACAAAGAAGGAGACACGUUUUCGGCGACAAAAUUUGUUCCAAAACCACAGAAAGAACUAACUUGUUGUUUGUGUUAA